AUGGUGUCGAAACCGGAAUACUCGACAUCUCUCACCCUGCGGGGUCCCUCCUCCGUCGUCUCUCGCCACCCGCACUCCUUUUCCCACUCCCGCUCCCGCUCCAAGCGAUAUAACCGAUCCCACGCCGGCGGCACAUCAUACAUAUCCCAAAACGAAUUUCCCGUCUUUACCAACAGCGGCGAUGUCGAAAUCAUCAUCAAGGCCGGCGGCCACGAGAACAGAUACCUCUUGCACAGGCACACGCUGACCCGAUCUUCUGGAUUUUUCGAGGCGAGCACGAGCGCUGAAUGGAGCCGUGGCGGUGCGGGUGCUCCCGCCAAUUCGACGCAGGACCUCAGCAGGGUGGGCGAAGAGAGCGACGGCGGCGUCAACGUGUCGAAUUCCGCGGCCGACUCGGCCCAGAGGAGGAGGCGGUGGAGGUAUGAGCUCGAUCCUGGCUGCGAUGAAGGGGACGUGCCUAUGCUGGUGCAGAAGGAGGCAGAAUCCCAACUUGACUCGUCUGGCGGCGGUCCCAACGGCGCCGUAUCGGUUUUUGGCGGACCCGUAAACGGCAACGGCAUGACGGCAGGGUCGAAAGGAAAGCCCGGCCACGGCCCUUCGGCGUCGGCGAGCUCAGGCCGCAGGGGAUUUCUCCAGUCCAUGGCCAAUCUCAGUCUUAUACCAGGAACGCCCGCCGUCGAACCGCUCUCCCAAAUGGACCAGGACCUCCUCCGGGACUAUGAUAACCUUUUCCGCAUCUUCUACAACUAUUCGCCCCUUCUCGACGGGGUCAGCAUUGCAGACGCCUACAUCCAGUGCAAGUCGCUUCUCACGCUCGCAGACCAAUACGACGCUCUCCUUGUCGUCGGACCCCGCGUCGACCACCACCUCCUCCAGUUCCAGUCCCGUCUGUGGAAGCAGAUUGCCAAAUACCCUAUUUCCUACCUCCGCCUCGGCUACCUCGCCCGUAGCAAGAUCAUCUUCCAAGAAGCCCUCAUCCACGUCGUCGGCCAAUGGCCCGUCGGCGAGCGGGCUCUCCGCGCCGCGCUUCCAGAUACCGUCAUCGACAUCAUCGAAGACAAGGUGGACGAGCUCGAGGAAAACGUCACCCGCGUAGAGAGCCGCCUGUUCAGGCUCAACCUGUGUACGCCGCGUGGCGAGCGCCUGCCCGCCCUCCCCCACGCCCCCGCGGCCCAUCACGGAGACGGACAUGGCCGGAAUGGCAACUCGAGCGACGGCAGCAGCCGCUCCGCCCACUCGGGUGCCGUCGUGCAGGUCUCGGCCGCGCAGCCCUCCCUGCCCCCGUUGCCGCUUUCCUCGCUAGGUCGCACCUUUCGUAUCCUCGGCUCCGGCAGCUCCUCGGCCUACCUCUCGCAUGACGAAUGCAAACGCUUCCUCAAGCUCUCGCCGGAGCUGUACAGCCGCGACAACCUGCGGCGCUUCGAGAAGAGGAUCGAGGAGCUCAAGGCCAUGGCUCGGGAGAUUGUGCAUCCACUCAUGGGGAGUGGGCUGGAGCUCGAGUUUGGCGGGCGCGUCGCCGAGGGUCUGGGCUAUCUUACCUGUACGACCGUGAGGGAGAGGGAUCUGCCCUGGUUGGCGGAAUGA